AGUGGGGUCACGUGUUGCGCGCGAGCCGCCUCCCCGGCGGGCGCUUCCUGUCGCUACCGCUGCGGCCCAGGGCCCGCGGGAGCCCAGGGCGGUGCCGGGUGGGAGAAGGCCGGGUUUUGGCUGGGAUUCACCUCGAGGUAUCUAGGCUGCCACGAUGCCAGGGCCAAGACCUCGGAAGGGCCCUCAGGCCAGAGGCCAAGGGGUGGCCGCUGCCAAGCAGAUGGGGCUGUUUAUGGAGUUUGGCCCUGAGGACAUGCUGCUGGGCAUAGAUGAGGCUGAAGAUGAUGAGGACCUGGAGGCUGAGCUGCUGGCUCUCACAGGGGAAGCACAAACUACAGGCAAGAAGCCAGCACCCAAGGGGCAGGCCCCCCUGCCCAUGGCCCACAUCGAGAAGUUGGCAGCAGACUGUAUGCGGGAUGUGGAGGAGGAGGAGGAGGAGGAAGGGCUGGAGGAAGAUGCAGAGUUGCUGACGGAGCUGCAGGAGGUCUUAGGUGUGGACGAGGAGACUGAGCCCCUGGAUGGUAAUGAGGCAGCUGGCCCAGGCGGCUCUGAGGAGGAGAAGGGCCUAGAAGACACUGAACCUCCAGUGCAGACAGCUGUCCUGACAGCUUCAGCCCCAGCAGCUCAGGCCGGAGCAUCUCAGGGGCUACACGCUUUGCUGGAGGAACGAAUUCGCAACUACCGAGAGGCUGCGGCCAGCGCCAAAGAGGCAGGCGAAGCCGCCAAAGCUAGGCGCUGCGAGCGCGGCCUGAAGACCUUGGAGUCGCAGCUAGCCGCUGUGAGGAGAGGCAGAAAGAUCAAUGAGGAUGAGAUCCCACCUCCAGUGGCCUUAGGAAAGCGGCCCCUGGUCCCCCAGGAACCAGCCAACAGGAGCCCUGAGGCAGACCCUCCAGCUCCCCCUGCCUUGGAGUCAGACAACCCCUCCCAACCUGAGACCAGCCUCCCUGGCGUUUCUGCCCAGCCCAUUUCAGACUCAGACCCAGACCCACGGGCCCUGCUGUCAUCCCGACAGAGAGAGUACAAAGUGGCUGCCCUCAGUGCCAAGCGGGCUGGCGAGCUAGACCGUGCACGAGAGCUCAUGAGGAUUGGGAAGAGAUUCGGUGCUGUCCUGGAGGCCCUGGAGAAGGGGCAGCCCGUGGAUCUGAGUGCCAUGCCUCCGGCACCUGAGGAUCUGAAGCCCCGGCAGCCGUCUCAGGCUCCCACAGCACCCUCAGUCAUUCCCCCAGCUGUGGAGCGAGUGCAGCCAGUGAUGGCCCCUGACAUCCCAGCAACCCCAGUGGCCCCUACAGAGUCACAGACAGUGCUGGAUGCCCUGCAGCAAAGGCUGAACAAGUACCGCGAGGCAGGCAUCCAGGCCCGGAGUGGUGGGGAUGAGCGCAAGGCUCGGAUGCAUGAGCGCAUUGCCAAGCAAUAUCAAGAUGCUAUUCGAGCACACCGAGCAGGACGGAAAGUCAACUUUGCUGAGUUGCCUGUUCCUCCAGGAUUUCCCCCUAUCCCUGGCCUGGAGCCCACUAUGGGUGUUGAAGAGGACUCAGUGGCAGCGACAUUGGCAGCUGCAGAGAAACUGGCCUCCGCAGAGGAUACAGGCCCAGCUGAUGAAGACGAGGACGAGGGUGAGCCCCCAGCACAGGCCCCAGUGGCCAAGAAACCUGCACGGCCCGCGGUCCCUUCAUCUCAGCCCCUGCCUGAGCCCAAGGCCUCAAGUUCUAAGGAGUCACCUAGUCCAUCUGUGCGGGAGCAGCUGGCACUGCUGGAGGCACGGAAACUGCAGUACCAGCGGGCAGCCCUGCAGGCCAAGCGAAGCCAGGACCUGGAGCAGGCCAAAGCCCAUCUGCGGGUGGCCAAAUGUCUUGAGGCUCAGAUCAUCCAGGCCCGAGCUGGCAGACCUGUUGAUCUGUCCAAGGUGCCUUCGCCCUUGACGGAUGAGGAGGGUGACUUCAUCCUCAUCCACCACGAGGACCUUCGACUCUCCCAGAAGGUGGAGGAGGUGUAUGCCCAGCUGCAAAAAAUGCUUCUGGAGCAACAAGAGAAGUGCCUCCUGUUCUCCAAGCAGUUCAUGCACCAGGGCAACGUGGCUGAGACCACCCGAUUUGAGAAGCUUGCUCAGGACCGCAGGAAACAGCUGGAGAUCCUGCAGCUGGCCCAGGCUCAGGGCCUUGACCCUCCCAGCCACCACUUUGAGUUGAAGACAUUCCAGACUGUGAGGAUCUUCUCCGAACUCAACAGCACAGAAAUGCAUCUGAUCAUUGUCCGGGGAAUGAACCUCCCAGCCCCUCCAGGGGUGACUCCUGAUGACCUGGAUGCUUUUGUGCGGUUUGAGUUUCACUAUCCUAACUCGGACCAAGCUCAAAAAAGCAAAACAGCUGUGGUGAAGAACACAAAUUCUCCAGAAUUUGAUCAACUCUUCAAACUAAACAUCAACCGAAACCACCGGGGCUUCAAGAGGGUGAUCCAGAGCAAAGGCAUCAAGUUUGAGAUUUUCCACAAAGGGUCCUUUUUCAGAAGCGACAAACUGGUUGGCACAGCACACCUGAAACUGGAGCGGCUGGAGAAUGAGUGUGAGAUCAGAGAAAUUGUGGAGGUCCUGGAUGGAAGGAAGCCCACCGGGGGGAAGCUGGAAGUGAAGCCGAUGGCCAGCACCAGGAGAGGAGUCAGGCCGCAACUGUGCAGGAGUUGACUUCCCCAGCUUUGCUGGCUUCAGAAGCCUUUGUACAUAAGAGAGAUGCUGCUACCCAAGCACCAAAGAACUGUUAAGCACGUGCACUACUGACCACAACCCUGGUCUUUCCUGUUGGCCCCUCCGGGGCCUUUACAGAAGCAGGCUGGGUUCCAGGAGCCCAUCUCCCUGCUGUCUCCCCCUGCCCCCAGUCUGGAUGAGGGCAAGGACACCUUCGUUCCUCUGUGCCAUGGAGUCCUGCAGCCCCUUAACCCCUGCGUGGCAACUGUGUAUAGCUUACACCUGCCUCCAGUUGCACCACUUCUAGAUGUGCCUUUAAAAGAUAUAACUAUGGGAUGGGAGAACUUGAGGGUGAUCGGGAACCUCCCCUGCUGAGGGUGGGGUCAGGGUUCCGUGACUCCAGUGGGCUAGUGGUAGCCUGUCCCAGACAACUCCAUCACCCCAGCUCUGCCUGUGCCUUUAUCCCUGACAGCUGCUGCACUAGCCUUCCUGCUUCCCUAAGGACUUAGUGGAGGAGGAAAGUUGUUUUUGGUACUACUUGGUGGGAAGUAAGGGGAAGGUUGGAUCUUGGGUUUGGUCCACCCACCCAAGAAAAAAGACUGUUAACUGGAAGAAAAAAAUAUAUAUAUAAAAUUUUAUGUA